AGGGGGCGGUGUCGAGAUUUCGGGUGGAGAGAAAGUGUGCCGCCAUUUCUGUGCUACCCCUCUCUCGAGUGAAGUGUGAAGGUGUUUUGGAGUUGUUCGGUGUGGUGUUUGUUGUUUUAAACUUGCGUUGCCUUUUGUUUUUUCUUUAUCGAUUAGGAACCCAGCUGUUGCACCUUCAGCAAGCGAACAGGAAGGGAAAAUGGUGAAAAUUUUCGUGGGCAACCUACCGCGGCCGACCACCGCUGAGGAGGUGCGCGCCCUCUUUGAGAAGUACGGAGUGGUCAGCGACUGCGACCUUAUCAAGAACUAUGGCUUUGUGCACAUGAAGGACAGGGAGGCGGCAAAGGAGGCGAUUGAGAAACUGCACCACUAUAGGCUGCAUGGGGUUUGCAUUAAUGUGGAAGCCAGCAGGAGUGGGGCCAAGUCUUCCACCAAACUUCAUGUGGGUAAUGUGGGCUCUGGGUGCACCAGCCAGGAACUGCAGGCCAAGUUUGAAGAGUAUGGAUCAGUCCUGGAGUGUGAUAUCGUUAAGGAUUACGCUUUUGUCCAUAUGGAGAGAAGUGAAGACGCCAUGGAAGCCAUCAGGGGACUAGAUGGCACAGAAUUCAAAGGCAAACGGAUGCAAGUUGAACUGUCCAAGAGUCGGCUGCGGAUGCAACCCGGGAUGGGCGAUAAAAACGGCUGUUUCCGGUGUGGUAAAGAAGGCCACUGGUCUAAAGAGUGUCCAAAAGAUCACUGCCUCGAUGGCACUUUUGAUGGCAGCUUCUCUCGCGAUUACCGAAAUCCUUAUUCGAUGACCGCGCGGGCCAUAGCUGGGUACGGAGAGCACCCUCUAUAUGAAGAGCGAUUCGGGGUCGCCAGUUACUACGAGAAGAUUCGGGCCGGAGCGUACGGAGCGGUGGGCGAUCCUUAUGGACGGGCGGUGUCAUUUACAUCUAUCGGCUCUUCCCUGCGAGAUCAUGUCCCUGGUGCGGUAACCCCAUAUGAGCGGCGGCCACUAGCAAGUCCCACCACCUAUUACAACCGCGACAGGAGCCCCUUACGACGUCAAGCACCCAUGUCUGCUUUGAGUAGUGGAUAUGGGUUUGAGCGCAGUGCAGUUUCUUCAGCUGUGUAUGACCAUACAGAUGUUACAGCAAGGGAUGCGUAUGCAGCCACCCCGUACUCACCUGGUCGGUACCCUGCUGCCCGUUACUCGCCUGGUCGGUGCUCGCCUGGUCGGUACCCUGCUGCCCGUUACUCGCCUGGUCGGUGCUCGCCUGGUCGGUACUCUGCUGCCCAGUACUCGCCUGGUCGGUACUCGCCUGCCCGGUACUCUGCUGCCCAGUACUCACCUGGCCGGUACUCUGCUGUCCAGUACUCGCCUGGCCGGUACUCUGCCGCUCAGUACUCAGCUUCUCAGUAUUCUGCCGCCCAGUACUCGGCUGCUCAGUAUUCUGCCUCUGCUGUCGCCGCCCAGUACCCUGCAUACUAAUUUAAGGUUUGCUUUGCAUCGUGACGAGAGCCGCGGGUCCCUUGGUACGUGCAGAAACUCGGGUCAUAUGUCUUGCUUGUUGAGUUUAGUGUGGAAAAUGUUAGCGAGACAUUAAAUCUAAAUAUGGGUGUUAAUUAGCUGCAAAUUCAAAUACUCAUCAAAUUGUGACCAAGUAUUUUAAAAUCUCUUUAGUUUAAUUUUUCUUUUUGGGUUUCUUUUGUGUUCAGCAAAAAUGGCUCGUGUAAAUGUUCAACCAUUUAUAUUUGGAUAUUUGGAUUUCCUGUAAAACAAUUUACAAUAAACGAUCAGUAUUCAGCCUGA